AUGGUCGCUAGCGGAUUCUUUUGUGUCGUCUCUCUACAGCUGCGGGGCCGUGUGGUGCUGGUGUUGGCUGUGUUGGCGCUGGUGGCAGCGGCGGGGAGUACGCGUGCGGCACCUGUGGAGCUACUGACGGUGCCUGACGACGCAAACGGAUUCCCCACAAAGGUGAAGAGCGCGGGUGCAGUUGCGGUGGACGGCAAGACCGGGUACUAUGUGUCGCUGGUGGAAGGCGCGCCCGCAGCGCCAUGGCACCUCCACAUGUGGCGGUGUGAUCUGGACGGCGCAGCGCCGACCUGCAGCCAGAUUAUGGGCAACGACGCGCCGGCCUCGUUUUCGCCCGAUGUGGCCCUGGCGGUUGGCCCACCGCUCGCUGGGCCGCUGCUGGUCUACUCUGGGAGUGCCGGACUGGUGACGGUGGCCUGCCUCGACGAGACGUGCGGAUCGGUGAACAGUACUACCCACGGGUCAGUGAAUGUGAUGACUGCGUCGCGGCUUCGGGUGGCCCGCGACGGUGGCGCGCGGCUGCCAGUGAUCACGAUGCGGCUGUCAAACACUGAUGGCAUGGUUGUGGCAUGCAACAACGUGGUCUGCUCGUCUGCAACGAGCUCCAAGAUUUUUGGCUCUCAGGCGCAGCCGCCCAAGAACGCCGACCUGUCAGCGGUCGCUUCUGACAACGAGGUCUUUGUCGGCUACCAGGCGUCAAGCUGCAGUGACGCCGGCUCGCCGACCGAAGCAGAGUACAUUUCGUGCACGACGACGGCGUGCUCGGCGAUGACCCCAGUGGCUGAACUGGCUACCAUCGGCAAGUGCACGAGCUCGUGGCUGAGCGGCAUGACUCACGUCGGUGUGGGUGAGCCAGUCAACAAGGCCACGCUGCCGUACGUGUUCUUCUACAACUUGGAAAGCGAUUCGAUCAUGCUUGCCCGCUGCACCAAUGCCGAGUGCGGGAAUCCGGUGGUGCAGACCGUGACCGAGCCGGGUGUCUCCAACUGGCGGAUGUGGCAGGGCGAGGCCGAGACCGUUCCGCUCUUUGUCACCGCGCCAACUGCUGCCUUUGGCAAUAUUCCGUACGCCGUCGCCAUCUGCGCCGGCAUGGCUGCAGACUCGGGAUGCUCCAGCUUCAAGCAUGCCUCGUUCGGCGUCGGCGCCGACAUUGCUCUCGGCUCGCCUGCCGUCGCCGGUAACGCGGACGCCUCGCAUCAUCUCUUUGCCCGCCCCCGCCUCAUCGCUGCGCUUGUCCUCGUCCUCGUGCUUGCCCUCGUUGCGCCUGGAGCCCUGUAG